GACUACUACUGCCACCACGCCAACGACCACCUCUUCAACGACAACUACAACAACACCAACUACUACUACCACUACCACGCCAACUACCACCACACCAACGACCACCUCAACAACUACUACUACCACUCCAACGACUAUCUCCACAACGACUACUACCACAAAAGCAACUACUAACACGCCAACAGCCUCCACUUCAUCAACGACAACUGCCAAAUCAACAACUGCCAGCACUCCGAAGACUACCACUAUUCAACCACUGCAUCCACCUGGACUAA